CGUUGCUGUGGACAUUACUCUCAUCUUGUUGUUGUUGAGUCUUCUCGUGUUUAAAAACUGGAUUUUAUGACAGAAAUGAGGUAAAAUCUGUCCCGUUAAAGCAACACCAUGAAGUUGCGUGUUCGGGUCAACAGGCAGACGAGCCGGGUGGAGUUAGCGGGAGAAGAACCGACUCUGAAAGAUCUCAUAGAUCACAUCAAAGACACAGUUCUGUCCUCUCUGGGACUCAGUGCAGACACAGACUUCAGUUUGUCUCUGAACGGCUCGGAGCUUCUGUCAGACACGGGACAGACUCUGACGUCCUGCGGCAUCGUCUCUGGAGAUCUGGUCUCUGUGAUCCUGCCCGAGUCUGCAGCCGCCGCCAUCCCUACUGCCUCCUCCUCCUCCUCCUCCUCCUCCUCCUCCUCCAUCUCAUCCUCCUCCUCCACCUCCUCCACCUCAGCCAGCAGCUCAGUGAAUCGGAGCCGACGGACAGCUGCCAUGUCCUCCGACCAGCAGCUCGGCAGCAGCAGCAGCAGGAGCCGUGCAGCUCAGCCGGAGUCUGAGGAGGACAGCGAAGUGUUGGACGCUGAGCCUUCGGUCCCCAGCUGGGAGCCGAUGCUGUGCAGUGAGGCGGAGGACGGUCAGGCUCCCCUCUCUCUGGAGCUGCUCUACCACAACGCACAGACCAGCAGUCCCAGUGACGCCAUCAUGGUGGCCGGAAACCUCCUGAUGCUCGAAACUGGAUUCACUCCUCAGGGAGGUGAGCUGAGGUCCGGUGCGAUGCCCGUCGGCUGGAGGUCAGCAGGUGGAGUCUACAGACUGCAGUACUCUCAUCCUCUGUGUGAAAACAGCCUGGCCAUGGUGGUGGCUGUGUGCAUGGGCCCCGUGCUCGUCAUUAACGCUACUCUGAAGGUGAACGAAACCGUCGACACGGUCCGAAAACUGUGCCUGAAUCCGUGCAGCUACGUGACGGACGAGUGGCCAGGAGAAAGUGCAGCCGCAGCUUUCAGAGAUUUGGGCAAACUGUCUCGGAUCUUCAAAGACCAGCUAGCGUACCCGCUGAUCGCUGCCGCCAGAGAAGCCAUGGCUCUGCCGGUGGCCUUCGGUCUGGCCGCUCUUCCUCCUGAGCUCCUCCUCCGAGUGCUGCGACUGCUGGACGUCCGCUCUGUGGUCAGACUGUCGGCGGUCUGCAGACACUUCCACGCCUCCACGGUCGACUCCUCGCUGUGGAGACACCUCUGCCGCCGAGACUUCAGCAGCCAGACCAAUUCAGAUGCCAGCAGAUCAAGAGACACGGACUGGAAAGAGCUUUACAAAAGGUUUUAUAAGACCCGCUGUGACAUCCGACACGUGGCCCGUCACCGCUCGCUCCCUCCCUUCCUCCGAAACCCCCGCGACAUCUUCGGCCCGGUUCCCGUCCCCCUCCACCCGCCGCUGCCCGGCAUCAUCGGCGGGGAGUACGACCAGAGACCAAACCUCCCCCGCGGCCUUCUGCCUCGCACUCGCUUCGACCCCAUCGGCCCACUUCGAGACCAGGUCGGACGACCGCUGAGCGAAUUCCGCCGACCGAUGGGGAGUCGACCGACAGACGCACGGCGAGGAUUCAUCUGAUUCUCACCUGUGAAGAUCAGUUUUCAGGACUGAUUCCAUCUUCUCCUGCAAUAAAAACAAAGAUUUGAA